GGUGGCCACUGAUCAUAACAUUGACAACACAACCGCCACGCUCAGAGAAUGGUUGAGGAACGUACAAACACUCUACCACUAUAUUGAAUGGAGGCCAAUGGAUGACCCUCAGUUUUAUCCAGAGGAAAUUGGACCGAAGCAUUGGCCAAAUUCCAGAUUCACUCAUGUGAUGAAACUAAGGCAGGCUGCUCUGAGAACUGCAAGGGAAAAAUGGUCUGACUACAUCAUGUUCACCGAUGCUGACAAUUUUCUGACAAACCCGGAAGUGUUGAAUCUAAUGAUAGCAGAGAAUAAAACUCUUGUGGCCCCAAUGCUUGAAUCUCGAACCCUGUACUCUAACUUCUGGUGUGGAAUGACACCUCAGGGCUAUUACAAGAGGACACCAGAUUAUCCUCUGAUCAGGGAAUGGAAGAGAACUGGUUGCUUUGCAGUCCCAAUGAUACAUUCCACAUUCUUGAUUGAUCUGAGAAAAGAGGCAUCAGAUAAGCUGGCAUUUUAUCCCCCACACCAAGACUACACCUGGACCUUUGAUGAUAUCAUUGUUUUUGCCUUCUCAAGUCGCCAAGCUGACAUUCAGAUGUACAUUUGCAACAGAGAACAUUAUGGUUACCUUCCUGUGCCACUAAAAUCACACCAGUUGCUAGAAGAUGAAGCGGACAAUAUUGUUCACGUGCUGAGUGAAGCAAUGAUUGACCAUCCUCCAGUUGAACCCUCAAAGUUUGUCACAGUUCCUCCAAAACACCCUGAGAAGAUGGGAUUUGAUGAGAUUUUCAUGAUCAAUCUGAAGCGUCGAAAAGACAGACGGGAUCGAAUGCUGCGGACUUUAUAUGAACAGGAAAUUGAAGUCAAGCUAGUGGAAGCUGUGGAUGGAAAGUUGCUGAAUACAAGCCAGCUGAAAGCUCUAAAUAUAGACAUGCUUCCUGGUUACCAGGAUCCAUACUCUUCUAGAGUGCUGACCAGAGGAGAGAUUGGCUGUUUCCUUAGCCACUAUUAUAUUUGGAAGGAGAUAGUAAGCAGGGAGAUGGAGAAGUGCCUAGUCAUUGAAGAUGAUGUACGUUUUGAGCAUCAGUUCAAAAAGAAACUCACGAAGUUAAUGGAUGACACUGAGAGAACGCAGCUGGACUGGGAGUUUAUAUAUAUUGGUCGGAAACGGAUGCAGGUAGAGCAUCCAGAAAAGGCUGUGCCCAAUGUGAUGAAUCUGGUGGAAGCCGAUUACUCUUACUGGACACUGGGCUACGCGAUCACCUUUCAAGGAGCUCAGAAGCUAAUUGGAGCUCAACCUUUCAGCAAGAUGCUCCCUGUGGAUGAAUUCUUGCCAGUCAUGUACAACAAACACCCAAUUGCCAAAUACAUGGAACACUAUGAACCUAGAGAUUUGAAAGCUUUCUCUGCAGAGCCUUUGCUGAUCUAUCCAACACACUACACUGGACAACCAGGUUACCUCAGUGACACAGAGACAUCCACAAUCUGGGACAAUGAGACUGUGGCCACUGAUUGGGACAGGACACUUUCCCGGAAGUCGCGGCAACAGGGCCAGAUCCAUAAAGAUGCCCAGAACAAGAAUGCCUUGCCACCUGGACCUUCCCUUGAUGCAUCAUCCACCAGAGACGAACUAUGAUUGUUAACUGGAUCAGCUACAAGUUACUGUAAACAUCAGUGGGACUUCUGGAACUUCCAGAGAUACUGAUAUGCUAUCUUCCUUGGCAAAAUAGUUUGAUAUGACUUGCUUGAACUGAGGAGGUGCUUGUCUCAUUUUUGCAGGGUGAGUGGAUGAACCUGACUGAAUGAAGGGUAGUAUAUUUUAAA